AGGCGGUCCUGACAAAAUUAUCAUAAGAAGCCACGCGGUUCAUACAGGGAUAGCGGCCGUCCUCGCUUGAACUUCACAUAGAAAGGCACAAAUAGGAGUUGCGGCAUCGCGGGCGAAUCAGAGCAGACCGUUGAAAGGGUUGCUGCGAAAACAUGUUAACAGUCGCCACUGGAUAGCCUCGCUGUAAACAGUGGAGAAAUUGUUUUGAGCGCUGUUGCUGAAUCCUCGGAAGCGGGUGCCUUGUUCCACGUUUCUUUUAAAAAGUCACCUAUACAUCAUUGAAAGGGAAGAUUCUCGUGAAGUUGCUGAAUUGACGACGAUUAUCAUACCUAAGAUUCGCCACAAGGUGGAGCCAUUGGCAUGAGUAGCUGAAGCCUGCCGAUCGUCCCCAACAAGCUCCUUUUUCUCAUCAAUGAGUUCACCGACAUCGGGACUGUUUCCUGAGGAACCCCAGCUCUUAGACUCUCAAGCGUCUGUACACGGCCUGGAGAUGGCGUCCCCCAGCGGCACGCGCGCGUUCACCGACGAGGCCGUGUCCAUCCUGACCUCCAGCAGCUUGCUGGCGCGCUCGCUCCUGGGCCGCACCAGCGCGCUCAAGCGCAAAGAGCCGGAGGAGGUGAUGAGCGAGCGGGAGAUGGCGGCCCGGCGCAAGAGGGAGUUCAUCUCCGAGGAGAAGAAGGACGACAGCUACUGGGACAAGCGGCGGAAGAACAACGAGGCGGCCAAGCGCUCGCGGGAGAAGCGCCGCGUCAACGACAUGGUGCUGGAGGGCCGCGUGCUGGCGUUGCUGGAGGAGAACGCCCGGCUCCGGGCCGAGCUGCUCGCCCUCAAGUUCCGCUUCGGCCUCGUCAAGGACCCCUCCAACGCCUCCAUCCUGCCCCUCACCACCGGCGCAGCCACUGCUGCCCCCUCGCCGCCCAUCUCUGCCCAGAACUGCUACCUCCCCUCCCCGCAUCACCCAGUCCAGACACUGGCCCCUCGCGGUGGCCUGAGCUCCGGGGCCACCAGGGCCGCACCUGUCGCGGAGGUGGCCAUGGCGGGCGACGGCGCCAGCACGUCCUCCGAGGACUCUGGCUUCUCCACGCCGGGCGGCUCCAGCGUGGGCAGCCCCGUGUUCUUCGACGAGCGGCUGGCGGGGGAGAGGGACAGGGACAGGGACGGCAAGCUGUCCCCACUCCACCGCGGCGCCGCUGAGGAGCAGACUAGCUACGAGGCCCAGCAGCAACAACACCUCCUGUUCAGCCACCACCACCACCACCAACAGCACCCCCUCCACCUCCAGCAGCCGCACUCCGCCACCGAUGCUCUCCUGCACGCAUCCGCCUCGGCAGGCUCCCCGCUCUCCAUACACCACCUGCCCGGGGACCUCUCUCAGGCCAUGGCAGCGGUAGCGGGCAAGCUGGAGGGCGGGGAGGGCAUCAAGAGCCUUCUCCCACACAAGCUCCGCUUCAAGACCCCCGGCAGUGGGGAGGGGACCGGGAGCGAUGCAGAUGGCGGCCGCCCCUCUCCGCAACCCACCCCCAUCACCACCACAACACCAUCCACACCCGCCGCGAGGGCAGCACACCCGCUCCGUGACGCGGGCGCAGAGGGCAGCAGUGUGAUGACAGCAGCGGGGUUCCUGUCCCAGGAAGGGGGGGAGCAGGGCAGGCAGACGACACAGCACGGUGGUGGUGGCGGCGCCGGCGUUACUCAGGGCCAGAGCCAGGCCGACGCGGCGACGAGCCAGGCCGAGACACACAUGCUGCGCUCGCAGCUGUCCUCGCUCAGCCAAGAGGUGGCCCAGCUGAAGAGGCUGUUCUCCGCCCAGAUGCUGCCCAAAAACAAUUCAUGAAUUAAUGACACCCCAUUCCACUCCACACACACUCUCACACACACACACACUGAAACAGACUAUUUGAUCGACAUCACAUCAUCACAUUAUAUCGCAAUACCAACUCUGGCUGUCUGGCUGUCUGUCAUAUAGGCAGCAUGCAAAACGACUGACUGGGCAAAGAUGAGAAGGAAAGACUUAACAGAAGAAGGAUAACUCACUGACUGGACAUUUCACUACCUCUGCCGUGUGUCUAACCUAAGACAGACUCACAAUGAAAACAUACAAUACAAAAAAAAAAUCACAUCAACUCAACUGCCUAACACACUCCGUCAUGUUGAACGUUUUUUUGUUUUAAUGUAAAAAACAUUGUAUAACACUGUGUGUUCUCUCUGCCCUUCUCACUCGCUCGCGUCACAUGUCACAUUGUGUGUGACAAAGUGUGUUAAUGUGAUGCAUGACAGCCCAGUGCACAAGCCUUUACAUAGCUCUUGUUGUUUAGUUAUUUGUGCAUACUGUACGUUCCUGCCUCAAACACACUGUGAAGACCCUGGCUUCCAUGUUUUGUAACCUACGUCAAGCACAAGAGGCAAAAUGGUGAACUUAAUACACUAUUGUUGUGGAUCACACAUUUUAGUUCAGAUGCUCUGCUUACUUUUACUUUUGCUUUUUGUUACUCAUGGCAAGUCUGCAGAAGGAAUUGAAAUUGAAUGCAAAGUGAUUACAAGGAAGAGCAGUGUUUUUCCCAUACAUAGACCAUUCUGUGGCACAGCACCGCAGAAUAAAAACUCCACAAAAAAGCACCACAAAUUGGUCAACAGUCUCACACGCAUGUCCAUGGGGGGAACAUGAAUACAGGAAUACAUUUUUCCCCAUAGCAUUACACAUUGCUAACUUGGUUUGUGGGAAACACUGAAGACACAAGCUGGUUAAGAAAUAGAAGAAAUGUUCAAAUAUAUUUUUGGCUGGGUAACAUGGCCGGUGUACUGUGGUGUUAAACAACAAACACACUGUAUGAUUUCUAUUUUGAAGUGAAUUUCCAAAUGUGUGUUCUGCUUUUCUGAGGGAGACUAACAAGCCUUUCAUUUCAUCUGUAGAGGAGGGAACAUAGCAGGCUAUAAUAGAUCAUGUCACACUCUGUGCGUGUGUGUGUGUGUGUGUGUGUGAGUGUGUGUGAGGGUGAGAUGUGUAUACAGUGUGUGUGUGUGUGUGUGUGUGAGGAUAAAUGACCGUUUAAAUGACAGUUGUCUUCUCAGCAUACACACUGUAAAGUACAGUAUUUCAUGAUGAAAAAGAUGUCUUGUGUCUUGUGACCUUAUGUAGUGUGUUUUGUACAUGUGAAUAAAAUAAACCAUAAAAUACUUUUGAA